UUGCGUGCUGCGGAGGAGAGAGUCCCGCUGGUGUCCGUGGCCUCUCUCGCAGAAAGGGAAAUCUUACUGUUCGAACAGGAAUUAGCAAGAUAUACAGUGUUUAGCUUGAUCUUUUCUUAUUUGAAUCUAUUUCCGUUUCUACGAAUAUUUCCAUCGCCCCCGUUGCUCAUCGGCUGUUGUUUCUGUUAUUUUAUGUAAGACUGGCAGAAGGUUUCAGUAGCGGGUUCGCAUGUUAGAUACAACUGGAUACAGUGUAGGUUUACCGACGCCAGGUUUCUCCUCCAUUCAGUUGUGGGCGCAGUGUCUAUGUUGGUCAUACCCACCUCCGCUAAUUGGUGUUGAGCAAAGAGAUUUCUCACAUUCUCAUAUUUCUUCAUUUCUCGCAUCUGAGUGGAUUGCUUGACCUUUUCACUGGUAUUCCUUAAUAAUGCAUUUACAUCAGGAGCUGAAAAGAAAGCUAAACAUCUUAACAAGACCAAGCGGAAUAAAUGUUGAGAACACUAGAUUAGACGGACCACUUCUCCAGAUACUAUUUGCAAACAAUGACCUCUCAAAACAAUGUCGCCAGGAGAUUGAAGAUUACAUAUUUGAUUUGAUAAAGAAGCAUGAGUCACAAGGGAAAGAGGAAAAGGAGAAAGCAUCUUUUCAUGUCAAACCACAGGCUUCAAGUUUUGUUCUGGAAGAAAAGGAAAAAAUGACCUCAGGCAUCAGGAAGAUCAAAGAUGCUUUCACAGUGGUAGGAAGUGUGCUGUACUUCACCAGCUUCUGUUUGGACAAACUAGGACAGCCGCUCCUAAACGAGAACGCUCAACUGACAGAGGGAUGGGAGAUUCCCAAAUACCAACAGAUCUUUGGCCAGGUGAUAUCCUUAGAUGGGCAGGAGUUGCAGAUCAAGGAGAAAAGACCAAAGUCCUGCUGCUUCAAUUGUGGUUCAGAGGAACAUCAGCUGAAAGAUUGUACCAAGCCAAGGGACAUGAACCGCAUCAAUGAGAAGCGGAAGGAGUUUUCGCAGGGCAACAAUCAGAGCAACCAGAGGUACCACGAGGAAGAGGUGGAGGAACGUUUUGGAAAAUACAAACCUGGAAUUGUGAGUGUGGAGCUGCUGGGUGCUAUGGGUGUGGCACAGAAUAGCCUGCCUCCGUUUAUCUACCGCAUGCGGCAGCUGGGCUACCCCCCCGGGUGGCUGAAGGAGGCGGAGAUGGAGAAUUCCGGGCUGGCACUUUAUGAUGGCAAGGCUUCAGGUGAUGGAGAACUAGCUGAAGAUGAACAAUUUCAAAGGCACAAAAUCUCUUAUGAUGUCUCCAAGCUGAUUGAAUUCCCUGGCUUCAAUGUUUCUCUACCAGCCAAUAUAACUGAUGAAUGGAGGUUCUAUGGAUCUGUCCCAAUGCAGCCAGUCCACCUGAAACACAAUUUUGCAGCUUAUCUAUCCAAAAGUUUCCCAACGCCUGGAUCCAACUGUAGUAAGAGAUCUCACGAGACUGAUUCAACUCCUCGACGUUCAAAGAAGAGACGGUCAGAUUUUGAAAGAUCGUCUGACAUGGAUGUUGACUCAGGUUCAGAAACGCGAAGUUCCAGAAGUUCUGACAACUUCCAGUUCCAGCCCCCACUGCCUCCUGGGUCACCUGGGCUGGACACUCCACCUCCACUGCCCAGGGGUACACCUCCAGCCACGCCCACUCCACCUCCACUGCCCAGGGGCACGCCUCCAGCCACACCUAGCAGCAGCGGCUCACCUGCCUUGCGGGGGCAGGCUGGCAGUGGGCUGGAGGACCUGGCCGUGGAGGAGGACGGGCUAACGCUGGAGGAGCUGGAGGAACAGCAGAGGCUCAUCUGGGCAGCCCUGGCAAGUGCAGACACUGCCACAAACAGUGACUCUGAGACGCCCAAUGUGGAAACGCCGCUGAUUAGCUCCUCCAGUGCCUCCACCCCUGCACAGAUUGACCCAGAGAUAGAGGAGACAAUGGAGACAGAGAGACAGUUGACUGCUAACGAGGGCAAAGACCUUUCCAGUCCGGCACCAUCUGAUGAAGUCCUUGUUUGUAAAGAUAAGGUAGAUGAGGACAGUUGUGUCACAGAAGUGGGAAAGAGUGAGGUCCACCAGGGUGAUGUGGAGACAGCCCAGGGUGAUGUGGAGACAGCCCAGGGUGAUGUGGAGACAGCCCAGGGUGAUGUGGAGACAGCCCAGGGUGAUGUGGAGACAGCCCAGGAUGAACCCUCACAGCAAAUGGAAGCAGCCAGUCCAAGAACUGGGAAGCAAUCUGAAUUCACAGGGAAGGUGACCUCUGUUCCCCACCGGAGCAAGUUUGCAGCUGGUAUCAUCCCGUUUGAAGACACACCGGAAUACCGGGAUGUCGCUGAGGCAACUGGAGUCUACCUCAGGAUAAGAGACUUGCUUAAGAGCUCACCUCGCAGUCAAACCAAAAACAAGAAGUGAAGACAUUACACAGUGCAAUUUCAUUGUGGAAUUACAGAAUUAUAUUUUUUAACUAGUCAAUUCUAAACACUUCCACGUAUCCCCAAGUUGACAAGUAAAAACAGAAGUCCUAUUAUUUUAUUGUUUUAAUAGUUGUGUGUGAUGUUUUUUCUUUUUUUUUUCUUUAGAAGUUGGAGUCUUUUGUGAUGGUGUAUAAAACAAGGUUUUAUGGUAGCUAUCUUCCAGAAAUUGACAGGUUAAUUGGUGUGGUUACUUUUGUUAAAAGAAUUUACACACAAUUUUCUAGGUAUUAUUUAAUACACAUUUUUAGGUGUUUACAUUUUAUAAAAGUUAAUUUCCUUGUCUCUGUGUUAUUAAAUCAAAAUUUGAGAUCCUGGCAGUUCCCGCUUAUGUGAAUGAGCCCACCUGACUCACUAAGGGAAAAAAAUGCAUUUCAGAUAUCAGUUUUUUCCUUUUAAGAUUAUUCGGUGAGUACAUUUUUAACUGGUCUCUGUACAUCUUUCAAAGGUAUUGUAUUUUACCCGAAUUCUCGGACAUUGGGUAACUGUUCGUUCUUUUUUUUCAGUAAAAUGUAUGGGCUUUUGCAGCAAGACAACAAAACCAGCAUUUCUUUGAUAUGAAUUGUUCUGUUCUUGAAAGAUGGGUCCCAUUUAGAUUGUGAUUACCUCAUGCUGACACUAGGCGGUGCAAAACAUUUCAAGAGAAAAUGUAUGAAUACCCAGUGGGUUUUUUUUUUAAUACAGAAAGUUUUCAUUUUAGUGCACUGGUAUAUAUUUUAUUUGUGGGAAAGCAAACUUUCACACAUGGUGUACAAUGGGUCUCAGAACAUCCUUUUUAAGUAAUGUAAAUGUUUGCCUGUUGGGGUUUGUAAUGAUCAAUUAAAAUGUGGAAGUAACGGAUCUGCUAACUUUUAAGCUUUUACGCCUGUACAACCUGUGUCUGUUUUCAUUUAAAUUCUAGUGUGAUAUUUAUGUGAGCUGUAUGGUCCACACCUCCCAGUUUAUGGUGGUGCAGUUCCAUAUGUGGUUCAUCAAAUCAAAUCAAAUGGUUCUGGUCUCUAAAAAUGCUGAUAGUAAAGGUGCCGUUUACUGGAAA